AUGGCCCCGGAGUGCACGGUGCAAGCCAUCACAGAGGAACCACAAACUCCGUUAUCCAAGGGUUUCGGUGCGGAAAUUUUCAAAAUAUUUGGUGGUGGAGGUAGCGGCAGUGCCCCCAGUGGAAAUUCUCAGAAGAAAAUCACGCGAGAUGGUCAACAGCCCAAACGCCGCGGACCCAAGCCAGAUAGCAAGCCUGCACUGACCAGGCGACAAGAGUUGAACCGUCAGGCUCAAAGGACACAUCGCGAGCGCAAGGAACAAUACAUGCGAGCAUUGGAGACUGAAGUGUCACGGUUGCGGGAAGCAUACACUACGGAGAUUGCAGAUGCCAACGCAACGAUCCAUCAGCAGAAGGAGGCGAUCUAUGCGGUACGGAGCGAGAACGAGAUCCUCAAGGAGAUCCUCAUAGCACAUGGGAUCCAGUAUGAAGCCGACUUCGAGCGUCGCCGCGCGGAGCGCCCACCCAUGCCCUUCGAUUCCAGCCCUGUUGCCGGCAGCAGCACCGCAUCGCAAUCGGCACCUCUCACGAACUCGACCAGUAACCACAAUACGACCCCGGCGACCACCAUCACAUCUGACAUGAGCCCACGCGCCAAUGGAACAAUGGACCAUUCAGAUAUCUCGCCCUCGAUCGGUUAUGCGCCUCAGCAAGUCUAUCAAACAAGUCCUGGCGAGCACUCCAUGAGUAUGGACCAUUCAUCAUGCGCACCGGUAGAUGCCAUGCAACCCAUGCCGCCGAUGCCCGUGCCCGGUCUGCGCGGCGUCUUCGAGUCAGACCCACAACUCCAAGUCGACUUCAUCCUAACACUAGAAGGGCCCUGUCGCGAACACACAGAUUACCUCUGUCGCCGAUCCAUCACCGAAGCCGACGACGAGGACAUGCCCUUCUCAGGCCACGCCCUGAUGGCCACGUGCCCACCACCCAGCUACAUCGCCAAAACAACACCGGAACAGCCAUACCCGCACAAGGCCCCAGACCUCCCCCAUGCCAAUCUCAGCACCCUCCUAAACCUCAGCCGGCAGCUCGUAACAGAAGGCCAAAUUACACCGAUCAUGGCCCUGCAAUGCCUCAAAAACCACGAGCUGUACCCGACUCUCCGCCGCGACGACGUCAAAAUCAUCAUCGACACCCUCAACACCAAAGUCCGCUGUUACGGCUUCGGCGCUGUGGUCGAGGAUUUCGAGCUGAUAGAUUGUCUGAGCAGCGUGCUCGGCACGAAGGUCGAUCUCGGUAUGUCUGGUACAGCCGAUGACUCGAUGUAUGGCUGA